AUGGCCAGCGGGAAGGAAGCCCUGGUGUUCGAGAAGUCCCCCUUGCGUGUGAAGAACUAUGGCAUGUACCGGGAGUGCCAGGUCCAGAACGACAUCAUGCCUGAUGCCUGUGAUCAGCCCCCACAGUUUCCUGGUAUGGUGGUCAAGGAUAGCCGUGAGAGUUAUUCUCCUGGAGACACAGCUCAAUAUGAAUGUCGCAUAGGAUACAAAAGAAGGGUGCCUCUUGCUAACAUGACUAUUGUUUGUCAGGAAAAUAACACCUGGCCAGUUGUCGCAGAUGGUUGUAGAAAAGAUCUCUUAAAUGGCCGUAUAGAGUUCUUAAAUGGAAACCUUCUCUUGGGCACACAAAUUAAAUAUAUUUUUGCUAAAUGUCCACCACCUCCCAAAAUAGACAAUGGAAAAUACAGCAAUGUAAAGGACGUCUAUGCAUACCAUGAGGUAGUUCAUUAUAGUUGUAACCCUACAAGUGGAGAUGAAUUUUCACUUAUUGGAAACAGAACUCUUAUUUGUUCUUCAGAAACAAAAUGGAGUAGUGACCCUCCUAAAUGUAAAGUGGUCAAGUGUCCUUUCCCAACAGUUGAAAAUGGAGAACAGGUAUCAGGAUUUGGAAAAACUCAUAGCUAUAAAGCACAGGUUACAUUUAAAUGCCUGUCGGGGUUUUUCAUGGAUGGACACAGCACAGUUGUCUGUGAGGAAGAUAAUGCAUGGGUCCCUGAAAUUCCAAAAUGUGUUAAAGCCCCCGAAACUGAUGACAAGGGGCUUCAGGGCACCCGGCUCCCCUCCCACGAGACUCAGUAUCGUCAGAAAUCAGGCAGCCACUGCUUAGAACCGGAAAGAAGGAACACGAACGUGGAGAGGCCCCCAGGGAAGGCACUGCCUCACGGGCCCCAGGUGUUUGCUACCCAAGUUCCCUGCUUCUGGCUCACGCUCACGACCCCAGGAGACCAGUACCGAGGACAGACCCUGUCUGGAGACCACACAGCACAGGGCCUUGUCCACCCUGUGCAAGGGUGGUCCUGCGUGGCUCUGCCCCGGGGGCCGCCUCCACUGCGGCAGCCACCACUGCGCCUGCGCCCCCCUGCGUCACAGCCCCCGCCCCCCGCCCACUCUGCGGAACUGGCACAGCAGGACCGGCAAGACCAACGCCACCGAGCCGGAGCCAGUGGCAAUGCCUCCAAGAUGGCAGCCGGUGAAAGGAGUCCCCAGAUACGAGCAGCCCAGAGAAAGGGGGAGGGCAGUCCCACCCUCUACACUAUGCUGGCCAUCCAUGAACUGGGGCCCCAGACCUGGAAGCCAGCCCCUCCACCCCCCAGACCCCCUAGCUGCCGCAUUUGUGCAGCGUCUUCAAUGACUGGCGCCCUGUCCCUCCCUCAGCAGAGCAAGUGGACCUUUCUCAACUCCUCGCGCCCCCUCUGCAGCAAAGGGGCACCACGCCCACUGCGGAGCGCAGGAAGGAAAGGUGGGAGCUGCACGGACUCACGUGCCGGCCAAGGGGCCUCACUCACGUCCCCAGCCCCAGCCCCCCGGGGCCACCAGGGGCUGCGCCCGGCCCGAUCCGCCUGCCACCCACACGGUGAGGGCAGCUGCGCCCGGAGGUCGUGCCGCAGCCGGGUGGGGUGCAGACCUGAGCGCAGCGCGGCCCAGGGCAUCGCCCCCCAGGGGGUGAACUCCUGCCCCGGGGUGCUCGGAAACCGCCUGCAGGCCAAGCUCGCCAUGCCGACCCCUACCCCGGCCAGGGCCCCGACCUUACCUCCCCGCCGCCACCUCCCUCGGGACUCCGGAUCCCGGAAAGCCGCCCUGCCUGCGCCCCGCGGGAGACACGAGAUGCGCAGCCGCUGCGGACGCCAACUCCACCGCGGACGCUUCCCGGGCGUGUGA